ACAAUAAGGGGUUGACCAAACACCAGAGCGAUGGCAACCAUCAAGGGGGUCUCGGCUUUCAGUGCUGAGCAAGAAGCACAGGCACUAAGGAAGGCUAUGAAGGGAUUUGGCACAGAUGAAGAUGCCAUCAUCGAGACCUUGACCAAACUGAACGUUUCCCAACGUCAGCAAGUUCUGAUCACCUAUAAAAGCAGUAUUGGCAGGGAUUUGAUUGGUGACUUGAAGUCUGAGCUGAGUGGGAAUUUUGAAAGGGUGAUCGUUGGCAUGAUGACUCCCACCACCAUGUACGAUGUGCAUGAACUGAGAAGGGCUAUGAAGGGUGCAGGAACAGAUGAAGGUUGCCUGAUUGAAAUCCUGGCUUCUCGCACAAACGAAGAGAUUCGGCGCAUUAAUGAGAACUACAAACUUCAAUAUGGCUGUACCCUCGAGGAGGACAUUGUCUCUGACACAUCUUCCAUGUUUCGAAGAGUCCUUGUGUCCCUCGCGACAGGAAACAGAGAUGAGGGAACGUAUGUGGAUGAUGCCCUUGCUCAGCAAGAUGCUCAGUGCCUGUAUGAAGCUGGGGAGAAGAAGUGGGGAACAGAUGAGGUACAAUUUAUGGCCAUCCUCUGCACACGGAACAGAUACCACCUGCUGAGAGUUUUUGAUGCAUACAGAGGGAUUGCUAAUAAGGACAUAACCAACAGCAUUAAAUCUGAGAUGUCAGGAGACCUCGAAGAUGCUUUGUUAGCUGUGGUAAAGUGUGUGCGAAAUAAACCUGCAUAUUUUGCUGAAAGACUGUAUAAAUCCAUGAAGGGCUUGGGAACAGAUGACAACACGCUGAUCCGAGUGAUGGUGUCCCGCUCUGAAAUAGAUAUGCUGGAUAUCAGAAGGGAAUUCCUGACCAUGUAUGGGAAAUCACUCUACUCCUUCAUUAAGGGAGACUGCUCAGGAGACUACAGGAAGGUCCUGCUCAGACUCUGUGGUGGGGAGGACUGAAGGAGGCCUGGUGUAUUGCCUGGGUGAUGGGAAGCAGCUGAUCAUA